AUGUCCGCGGAGGGUGCGGGGCUGGCGCCGGGGCCGGGGCCGGGACCAGGGCCGGGACCCGGGCCCGGGGCCGAGCCGGGGCCGCUCUGCCCCGAGCACGGCCAGGCUCUGAACUGGUUCUGCGGCUCCGAGCGGCGGCCCGUGUGCGCCGCCUGCGCGGGGGUGGGCGGCCGCUGCCAGGGGCACCGCAUCCGUCCAGCCGAGGAGCGCGCCGAGGAGCUGCGGAACAAGAUCGUGGACCAGUGCGAGCGGCUGCAGUUACAGAGUGCUGGCAUAACCAAGUAUGUGGCCGAGGUCCUGCCGGGGAAGAACCAGAGAGCAGUGAGCAUGGCCAGCGCAGCGAGGGAACUGGUUAUCCAGCGGUUGAGCCUGGUGAGGAGCCUGUGCGAGAGCGAGGAGCAGCGGUUACUGGAACAGGUGCAUGGUGAGGAGGAGCGGGCCCACCAGAGCAUCCUGACACAGCGAGUCCACUGGGCCGAGGCCCUGCAGAAGCUUGACGCCAUCCGCAGCAGCCUGGUGGGCAUGCUCACCCAGCUGGAUGACCUGCAGCUGCUUGAGAAGGAGCAGGACAUCUUUGAGAGGUGA